AUGUUGGCUCAAGCCCCGAUGCCGGUCCAUCGGCGCAGUCCAAAUGGGAAUUUGUCGCCAGAGGUUGCAAUGGACAUGGAUUCAAGAGCCGUGACACCUCCUACAGACACUAUCAAGACGAGUAAUAGGUUUCGGAGAGGUGACACUCGAACGCCUGUGAUCGUGUACGGUCCCGGGCAGGAGAAGAUAGUAUCGACUUUUGCGGAUGUUUUAGGGAAGCCACUUCAACUGGCUGAAAGUUUUCAGGGUAUUGUGGCAACAGAGCAAGAGUUGGUACUUGGUAUUUCAGCUGAAAGUGCGAGGAUAGGUGUGGAGGGUCGGGAUAAAAACACCACGGUCGUCAUACAUUCCCACAACGUCGGCCUCGGGAUGCCGCCGGAUACAUAUCUCUCAGCCCAGUGCGACUUCGAAUUCUUAUAUACGGACACCUUACAAUGUCGGCAGGACCUGGCCCGUUUUAUUUCAUUCAUUCUUGGACAGGUUAACCACCAUGAUACACUUAUGACAAAACCCCGUACAUUCUUUAUUUCGACGACAUUUCCCGAUGUUCGAGCUGCUUUGCCAAACAUCGAAGUGCUAACGGUCGGAUGUGAUGCCGUGGAACUGCGCGUGGACUUGCUUAAGGAACCACUUGGUGACGGUACAUUCGCCCCAAUACCUAGUUUGAGCUAUGUGGGUGAGCAAGUGAUGCUUCUACGCCAGAGGACGGAACUACCCAUCAUUUACACUACGCGCUGUACUCGAGAGAAUGGACGCUUCCCAAUGGACAAUCCUGAGUUAUUCCACGAAUAUCUUUACCGCGCGAUACAAUGGGGCGUCGAAUACAUUGACGUCGAAGUAUGGCUUCCAGUGGAAAUACGACGAAAGCUUUACGAAACCCGGGGUAGUAGUCACAUCAUGUCGGCUUUUCACGACUUUACCGGCUACUUUAAGUGGCCGUCGGCUUAUGCGCAAUCUAUUUUCGUCGAGUCAUGCAAGUAUGCGCACAUAGUCAAGAUGAUUGCCAUUAUCAACGACAAUAACGAGAACUUCGAGUUAGAGUAUUUUCGCUCAAAGAUACGAGCGGAGUACCCAACCGCACCCCCGUUUUCCGGCCUCAACAUGGGUGAGACCGGUCAGAUAUCACGGACAUUCAAUAAAGUCUUUACUCCUAUCACCCAUCCCCUUCUCCCGAUUAUCGCCGCGCCUGGUCAGAUGAGCGCUGCUGAGAUUAAUGCCGCCCUAGCAUCUCUAGGCCAAUUACCAAAGAGCAGUAUCUACGGAAUCAUUACCUCACCCUCUCGGAUACAGGUCCCUCACGCCCCCUUCUACGAGAAGUGUUUCAACGAGCUAGGCUUACCACAUCACUUCGCAGUAGUCGAGAGGCAAACAAAAGGAUCUCUGAGUAUUGAGGCCUGGUGUAAUCAAAGAUCUUUCGGAGGCGCAUAUCUGAACCCUCCUGUUUCAUUCACAAGCCUGAUGCAUAACAGUACAUUUUUCUCAAAGCUCGAAAACGGGACAGGACCGAUUCUCACCGAAGCAGUUCACAUGACGGGAAUGGUAGAUACCAUUGUGGUCCAAUCCAGCCCAACGUCUUCUCCGGGAUCAGCGCCCUCAUCAACGCCUUCCAGCCCCCAACGCCGGGUCGAGUCCUCAUCUGCCCUGACACCGAAUGAUGCUCAUGGACUUCCCACUACAACAUCCCUCCUCUUUGACAACGCAAAUUGGCGUAGCAUCCUCCUCACCCUCACACGAGAUCUUGCACCCUCGGCAUAUUUUGGACGCACAGCGGUCGUCCUCGCUUCUCAUGCCGAUGAUGCUGCGUCAGCGAUGUAUGCGCUGAAAGCGCUUCGCGUGGGAAAAGUGUUCACAGUCGGUUUCAAAACACCCCCUGCCCUAGCGCGUAGCUUCAAAGUUGAGCCCUUCAAUAGUCUCGAAAGCCUGCAGAAAGCAAGGACAAUGGGCGACGACGGCGGUCCCUUCGUCCUCGUAUCCGCUCUUGGGCCGGAGAAGUCUAGUCUCGUAGGUAUGCUGGUACGGCUCUUCGGAGGCGCAAGGGGUUCUUCGUCUCAGAUUCGCAAAGUCUUUCUCGACCUCGCAGAUGGUCCAAGGAAGGACGACCCAAUCUCCAUUGCGGAGCAGUGCGGUUUCGCCGCAUAUGGAGUCGCAGACACGACCGCUUUCACCACUGCCGAGACUGUCAGGCUGCUGGUCGGCCAGAACGUCCCUUACAGCUUCGUGCGCCUGACAAGCGGGCAAGGGAUGUUCUGA